UCGUGACUUCGUGCAUUGUGUAGUUUUUCGCAAUCAUCACAUCCUUAUAGUUGGCUGCACCGCUAACAAUAGUCAGAAGCACAUGUCCGCGGGAGGCUCGUUGAAAUCUUUCAAUAUAAAGCGACAUUAGAAAGUGGAAUAGGUGUAAUUGACGUGUUUGUAAUGAUUUUGGAUUAUGAAACCCACACAAAGGCGUUGCAAUAGUGAUAACGAUUGGUCCCAACAGUGGUAGUAGCGAAAUAAUAAAAAGAGAAAGUGAUAAGGGAAAAACAGGAUUUACAGACGCAUGGAAAGUAUAUUAACAAGUGAUUGCGAUAUAUGUAAUCGAGUACUUGAAAACAAUAUUGACUAAAAUAUCAUUUUUGUUUCUAUUAUAAACCUUCCUCUGUACUGACUUUGCCUCAGAAUCAACCAUAGAAAAUUUUCUCAACUUGUUCGAAUGUUGUUUCAUGAAAAUUUCAAUAGAUCUCUUGAGCAGGUAUAGUUUCCGUUUAGAUUUUCAUCCGCUUUGCUUCUCUUCUUCAUGGUCACAAAUGAAUUCAACCCGAUACUGUGAAUUAUAGAUCAGGCUCUGUGGCUGAAUGAUGAUAAAAUCAUAACAAACAUGCGAGUCCUUUCGACGCCAUAUCCAUGAUAGUUCCUGCUAAGUAAGUUCUGAGAAUAAUCAGCAGUUUGUUGUCCUCAUCAUUGAGAAGUGAAUACUUUUGUUUAAAUUCAUUGUUUUCACAGAGAAUAUGAAAACUGUUCACUUUAUUAUUUUUCUUCAUGCAAUGUGUCUUGGGAACACGUACAAAAUUUUAGUUGUGUUUCCUGUACCUUCGCCAAGUCAUUUUAUUCUCGGUAGUGCGUUAGCCCGUGGAUUAGUUAAUGCUGGUCACGACGUCACAAUAGUUAGUCCUUAUAAGGAUAAGAAGCCAACAGAAAACGGAAAAUACUCCGGUAUUGUCCUGGAAGAACUCGCAGAUAUCAGAAACACCCUCAGAAAAUCCAACUUAUUCGAGGUAAGCGAGAGUAAUCCAUUCAAAACUGCACCAUUCAUGGACACUCUAGGCAACGUAGUAACAAAUAUAACUCUGGAAAGUAUCAAUUCGAAAAAGUCGAAUAUUCUCAAAGAGGAAUUCGAUUUGGUGAUCCUAGAAUAUUUCAGAAAUGAUGCUCUGAUGGUCCUAGCUUGCCACUACAAAACACCGUUGGUAUUAUUCGGUACGAUGGGUGCUAACUUAUGGGUAAAUUCGUUGGUAGGAAGUCCAUCGCCACCAUCAUAUACCCCAGAUUUACACCUGGGUUACACGGAUAAUAUGGAUUUCUGGCAACGCCUGAUGAAUGUAUUGAUGUACUCAAUGAAAAAACUCAGAGAAAAGUUUGUUUUUCUUCCUUUCCAAUAUGAACUUGCUAAAAAACAUUUUCCCCAUUGUGUCGGUGAGGAAGGUCCUCUUUCAAAUGUGUCACUUUUGCUUUUGAACUCACACGAGAGUGUCAACAAUCCAGUGCCAUUCGUACCCAAUAUGAUAAAUAUCGGUGGAUUCCAUAUAAAUCCUCAAAAGGAGUUGCCGGGAGACCUGAAAGAGUACAUUGACAACGCAGAAGAGGGCGUAGUUUACUUCAGUUUGGGUUCCAAUGUCAAACCUUCUGAAAUGAGUAAUGAAACCAAAAAGGCUCUUCUGAACGCUUUGGGUAAAAUCAAACAAAAGGUGCUGUGGAACUGGGAUGAAGACUUUCUUCCAGGAAAAGCAGAUAACAUCAGAAUAAGUAAAUGGUUUCCACAGCAAGAUAUCUUAGCUCAUCCAAAUGUGAAGUUGUUCAUCACCCACGGUGGAUUAUUGAGUACAAUAGAAACUAUCUACCAUGGCGUUCCCAUUCUCGCUCUACCCAUUUUUGGAGACCAGAAAAUGAAUGCAGCACGUGCAGUUGCAGGAGGGUAUGCGUUAUCACUGCCAAUAACCAAGAUCACUGAAGACAAUAUCUCUGAUGCAUUGAAUCAACUCUUGAAUGAUCCCAAGUACAGGGAUAAUGCCAAAAAGAGAUCAGCUUUGAUACAUGACCGUCAAGUGAAACCCAUGGAUCUUGCGAUUUACUGGAUAGAAUACGUUAUCCGAAACAAAGGAGCACCGCAUCUAAAGGUGGCUUCAUUGAACUUAACGUGGUAUCAAUAUUUAUUACUAGAUAUCAUUUCAGUAGUUUUAAUCAUUGGUAUCAGUUUGAUGUUUGUUUCGUAUUUAUUGUUGAAAAGGUUAUGUUUGUCAAGGAAAAGUGAUAAAAAAAUUAAAAGUAAUUGAAACACACUCCUUAUCAGUGGUUCAGAAAAUGUUUUGAUGAAAAAUGUAACUUCAUCAAUGGAAUUUCAAAAGGAAAACCGCUCGAGACCAGUAUAAACUUCCAAUUAUUUUCUGUAACUUUUUCAAAAUACUAAAAAAAUUCUAAUGAUGAAGUAACUGAGUUUUUACUAUAUAAUUUAAAGUAAUGAUGAAUACUGUUCCUUCAUGAAAAUAUACGGUUAACAUUUUCCUAUUAUUGUUCGUUGAAAGUAUUGGUAGCAAUAAAUUGUAUCGAAUCAUCUACAACUAUGGCUCGAUUCCACAAAACAG